GAAUCAGCCCAGGCUCUGGUAUGCGGUGAGCACAGUGGCAGGUGUCGGGUCAGAGCGUGUCGUGGAGCUGUGUGUCCAGGUGAUGGCCUCCAGGUGCCACAGCGAGCGCCAGUGGCGGGAUGAGCUCGACCAGAGGCUGAUUGAUUUCUGGAGGCAGCACGAGUGCCUGUACGACUCGUCCAAGGCGUGCUACCACAACAAGAGGCUCAAAACACGCCUGUGGUCCGAGUUCGCGUCCUCCAUGGGACUCAGCUUUGAUGAUGUCGAACGAAGGUCCAGAUCUCUGCGCACUCAGUACGGCCGGCUGAUAGGACAUCCGGAGAAGCUCAACACCAAGAAGAAGCGCAUGCUGAAGGAGCAGCUGGGGUUCCUGAGGCCUUACAUCGUGCCGAGGAGAUGUGCAGAUGCCCGGGAGGAUGGUUUUGAGGAGGAGGAUGGUGAUGAAGACGAGGAGGAGGAGGACACUGAAGGCAGCAUGGAGACGGGGAGCGUGUCGGCCAGCCCGCUGCACACUGACGGCCCUGUCCCAGAUCCUGGUCUGAAGCCCCAGUGUGCCGCCUCGACUUUACCCCCUGCCUCCUUCCACCACCAACCUCACGUCACCGAGGUCGUGCCUCCACACUGCCACUGCAGGGGCGAGAGGAGCCCUCCUGAUAAACUGGCAGACGGGCCAAAGGAGGACGUGCUCGGCCAGUUUGUGAAGGUCAUGCUGUCCGACAUGCACCAGAUCAAAGACACGAUGGUGCUCAUGAGGCUCCGCAGGGACAUCACCCGCUUGGUGUUUGAGGCAGUGGAGCACGAUAUGCGAAAGCGACCCGUUUGAUCGUGCCAGGGAAACAGAUUUGUGCCGUCAGAGGUGGUGUUUGACUUUCAUGGACCUGAAUGUGUCGCAGUCAAAAGCAGUUAUUUUAACAGAUGUGAUAUGAUCCACAAUUUUAGUGGGAAUGCUCAUUUUUGCAUUCUAAUUUUCAUUCUUGGUGAAAAAUGUGAAUUUUUUUGUUGUAUUUUUUUGUUUUUGUGUGUUUUUGCAGGGGUCUGUAACAAAAAACAUGUUUUCUAAGUUUUGGUGAAUAUAAUCAAUAGGGCAAGGCAUCUCUGUAGCAUUAGUGCAUUAUUGAUAAUGAUAUUUUGUUGCAGAUUUUACCUUUAUUGUCCAACAGUAUUACAUGGGAAGAAAUGCAAAGCUAGAUGGGUAGAGAGAUAAGAUGAAUUUUGAAGUGCUAUGUGGUUUUGAAUUCUCCUGGGUUUUAGGCCUCUUUAAAGAAUCCACAUCAGGUUGCCACUGUUAUGCUGAAGGCUAUUUAAUAUUCUCGAGUCUUCUACCUUUUUCUCUUUAUCUUGAUCCAUCUGCAUCAGUUGCUUUCUCCGGAUUACAUUACUGUUUUUUGUUUUUGUUUUUUCAAACCACAGUUACCUAUGAUCCAGUCAGACUGAAGCCUUCCAACUCAAGGUGACCAUGGGUGAUACAAAUGGCAUUAACAAUAAAGUCUAACUUCUGAAUAUCAUAA